AUGAAAUUCAUGAAGUCUCUCCUCGCCACCGCGAGCCUCCUCCUCGCCUCGGCCUCGGCCCUCCCCAACGUCGACCGCCGACAGGAGGAAGGCCCCGCCGCCCCGGCAGCCGGGAGCUGGCCCGACGGGCCCUUCAAGGUGGAGGGACGCUGGGUCCUCAACGCGUCGGGCAAGAACGUGACGUACGCGGGCAUCAACUGGUCGGCGCACGGCGAGGCCAUGGUCCCCGAGGGUCUGCAGCACCAGUCGAUCGAGCACAUCGUGUCCAUGAUCAAGGGUGCCGGCGUCAACGCCAUCCGCCUCACGUUUGCCAUUGAGAUGAUUGAUGAUAUCUACGCCAAGGACGGGGACACGGAUCUCGAGACGUCGUUUAUCAAGGCGCUCGGCGAGGCGAAUGGCCGCAAGGUGUUGGGGCAGGUGUUGGAGAAGAAUCCGGGUUUUACGGCGCAGACGACGCGUCUUGAGGUCUUUGACGCCGUGGCUGCCGAGUGUGCCAAGCAGCAAAUCUACGUCCAUCUGGACAACCACAUCUCCAAGGCCAAGUGGUGCUGCGGCGAAACUGACGGGAAUGCGUGGUGGGGUGACAGGGAGUUCCCCAUUGAUAACUGGGUCCGCGGUCUCGCUUACAUGGCCGAGCACGGCAAGAAAUGGACCGCCCUAACCUCCCUCGCCCUCCGCAACGAGCCCCGCAACCCGUCCAACAACCCCGCCGCCGCCGCCACCUACAACUGGGAGAGCUGGUACAAGUUCGUCCGACAAGGAUCCAAGGCCGUCUUCGACGCCAACCCGGACCUGCUCAUCUUCCUCUCCGGCCUCAGCUACGACACCUACAUCGAGCCCGUGUUCCUGGGCACCGCCCUCACUCCGGGCAACGGCCGCUUCUCGCGCGACGAUUUCGCCGGCUACGCCGACAAGCUCGUGCUCGAGAUUCACAACUACGAGCGGUCCAUUGGCAGCUGCCAGUCGCUCAGCGGAAACCUGUAUAAGAAGGGCUUCCAGGCUAUGCACCCCGAGGACCCCGGCACCGUCAACGUCUUCCCCGUUAUGCUUACCGAGUUCGGCUACUACAUCCGGUCUGGAACGCAGGAGUACGACGAGCUGUGGGGAUUCCUCACGGCUGACUUCAAGGACUAUCGGGAUCCCGGAUACGUUAACGGGGCGUGGAAGAAGAUGGCCGAGGGUGUUUUGGCGUACUUGGACUAG